GGAGCUUUUCGGCCCACGCUAGGUAAACGAUGGAUAAAUCCAAGAAAAGAAAAGUUUCACGGACGACAGCUUACAGUCCUGACGUGCAGACGCUGUGCGCUGAGGUUCGGGAGCAAAAGUCACAUUAACAAGGAGGUGAAUGUCAAACAGCUCCAGGAUGCUGCCGUCCUCAUCCCUGCUGACCUGCUGUUCAUCAGGGGGUAUCUGAUUUACCAAACAUGAUGAAGACUGAGCCCCCGUCGGCCACGGGGGGCAAUGGGGCAUCGAGUGGAAGCAGCGGGGGAAGCGGGAGCGCGAACCUGCGGAGCCCCUCACCCCAUCGCAACGCCUACGAGGCGGGGCUGGCGGCGCUGAAGAAGGCCACCGACCACCUCAACAAUGCCGCCAACGGAGGCUCUGAGCCAGCCUCAAAGCCCGCUCCCUUGCCCCGCCCAACCGGAAGGGGCCGGAAAUAUGGAUCAAACGUUCACCGCAUCAAGAACAUGUUCAUGCAGAUGCAGUCUCCUGGUGACGAGGAGGACGGAGCCAAAAUGAUUGGUAAAGACCAGGCAGUUAAACUCUCCUUGCCAAGGGCAUCCAGCCUCAACGAGAACGUCGACCACAGCGCCCUGCUCAAACUUGGAGGCACGGUCUCAGAGAGGGUCAACCGGUUUGACUCGAAAGUAGGCGGCGAGGGCGGGGGCACCUCCAUUGGUCUCUCCAAACUGCAGGAGACCAGGAGGAUUUUCGAGCAGCGUACUCUACAGGAGAAGCAAGCAGCCACUAACCGGAUCUUGCUGAAGAAGGAGCGGGCAUCGGGCUUCCAGGACAGCCGCCUAGACGUUGUGGCUCGCUUUAAUGGCUCCACUGAGGCUCUGGACCGGCUGGACGACCCCCCUGCUCCCACUCCCAUUCCCGCUACUAUUCCUGCUCCUGCAGCUUCAGUCGGGCCCGGUGAGGCCGUCAGCCCCACCGUGAGCCAGCUCAGUGCCGCGUUCGAGAAGGGCCAACUACAAAACAAUCUCUACCUCCCCCAGCGUCGGUCAGCCCCUGCCCUGGCACCAAAGCCCAAACCUCCAGCCAGAGCGGAGGCUGUUGGCAAGAAGGCGCUCCCUCCAGGUAACGAGGACCCUGAGGCGGAGACAGCAGGAGUUGUGAUCACUCAAGCAGGAGAGCUACCACAAGUGACAGGUUCUCUACAGAGGAGCGUGGAAGGAGUGGUGGCCAGCGAGGAGAAGGAGGGGUUCGGACAGUCAGGAGACCAGCUUUCCAGCUCCUCCUACUCCUCGUCGUCCUCAGUGGCCGUCACUUCCUCCUCUUCCUCUUCAGAGGCCAAACCGGAGUCUGAGACCCAGUCAACAGCGACUGAAGCCAAGGGGUCGAGUACGGCGGCUGCUCCAGAGCGGGAGCUGCAACCUGAUGAGCAGGGCGGCUCCACCGGAGAUUCUGAGGCCGGAGCCAGGCUGGUGCAGGCGGAGGUUCAUGCCUCGUUGGAAAAUGGAGAAGAAGAGCCUCCAGGUUCUUCUCCCUCCUCUGAGGAGAAAGGAGUGGAUUUUGAAAGGAGGGGUGAAGAAGAGGAGAAUGACGAGGAUGGCUCGAGGAAGGAGGAUUAUUCGGAGGGAGAUCUGGUGGAUAUUAGUGCGUACAGCGGGCUUGGGGAGGAGGACUCAGGGGGUAGCCAACUGGACGAUGAGGAGGAUGAAGAAGAUGAGGAGGCGUAUCAGCCGGAGACCAGUUGCUCUGAGAUUGCAGGCCUGCCUGAAGAAGAGGAACCCGCACCAUCCAAUAGGAAGAUUCGAUUUAGCACUGAGCCAAUCAAGGUCUUCACCACAUACUCUAACGAAGACUAUGAUCGACGCAACGAAGAUGUCGACCCCAUGGCAGCCUCAGCCGAGUACGAGCUGGAGAAGAGAGUGGAGAAGCUGGAUCUAUUUCCUGUUGAGCUGGAGAAAGACAGUGAUGGUCUGGGUAUCAGCAUCAUAGGUAUGGGUGCAGGAGCUGAUAUGGGUCUGGAGAAACUGGGGAUCUUUGUUAAGACUGUCACUGAUGGUGGAGCUGCGCAGAGAGACGGCAGGAUCCAGGUGAAUGAUCUGAUAGUGGAGGUUGAUGGGACCAGCCUGGUCGGGGUCACUCAGAGCUUUGCUGCCUCUGUCCUGCGUAACACCACCGGCACCGUCAGGUUUGUGAUUGGCCGGGAGAAGCCGGGGGAGCAGAGUGAAGUGGCUCAGCUGAUCCAGCAGACUCUGGAACAAGAGCGAUGGCAGAGAGAGAUGAUGGAGCAGAGAUACAAACAGUACAUGGACGAUGAUGAAGAGACAGGUGAAUAUGCAACAGAUGAGGAGGAGGAGAUGAGUCCAGUGUUUCCAAACUCCAUUGAGGUUUUUGACCUGGCGGAGAACCAGGACAUGUUGUCUCCUGUGGAACUGGACCCCGAGAAACUGGCCCACAAAUUCAAGGAGCUCCAGAUUAAACAUGCAGUAACCCAGGCGGAGAUCCAGCUGCUAAAGAGAAAGCUGGCUCAUGCAGAGCAGGAUAAGUUGCGUUGGCGGAUGGAGCGCGCUCAGUUGGAGCAAAACAUCCGGGACAGUAAAGAGAGGAUGGAGAAACUGGAGGGCUAUUGGAUGGAGGCACAGUCCCUGUGUAAGGCAGUGGAUGAACACCUGAAGGAAACCCAGGCUCAGUACCAAACCCUAGAGAGGAAAUACAGCAAAGCCAAGAGACUCAUCAAAGAGUACCAGCAGAAGGAGAUCGAGUACCUUAAGAAGGAGACAGCUCAGCGUCGAGCACAAGAAGAGAGCGAGACAACACAUAAAGAAGAGACGGACAACCUGCAGGAAAAGAUUUCAGACUUGGAGACCAAAGUGGAUGCCCUGAAGACCCCCAAACCCUCCUAGACUGCUGCUACUUCCUACCUCCUUUCAGUGACUCGAAGGGGAGGAGCUCUGCCUUCAUUCUGACGGGGGCUGUAUUUUAUCCCAAUCAACCAUUUACUGCACAGGCAGGGAAACAUACAUGGGGGGGGGGUCAAUUAUCACGGAUGACAAUUGUAAAAGAGAGGAUGAGGUGGGUGACAUACAAAGAGGAAAACAACCUCCUCCCUGACAUCUGCCAUGCCAGCCGCUUAGAGCUCCAUCAGUCAAUAACCAAUCCCAGAAUGCACCUUCUGUAAUACCCAGAAUCCUCCUUGUGUGUCUUCCUGGCAACUGGCUUGGCAAUCAACACAGAAACCACAGUGAGCAACUUGUACUUUAUUUAUGGAUGAUCGGUUUUCACUGCUCCUCUCCUCAUUAAUUGUAUCUUACCAGGAUUCUCCUAUUGAUUCAGAUUUAUUUUAAAGAAGCGCUUUUAAUAAACAGGCUCGUCACAAAGUGCUUUAAAGAGUGACAGAGGGAAUAAAUGCAGAAUAAAACAGAACAAAACAAGAAAGGACAAAGCUCAUUUGAUUGUCGUACUUUUGAACCAGGUGGUUGCUGAACCAUCUCUUUUAUUUUUUAUUUUUUGGGACUGGACUGGAUUCUUACGAAGAGGACAAAUGUGUUUUCUGUUGUGUGGCACUGAUGAACAGAAUCAAAAACUUCAAGAAGUGGCCACCUCAUUUUUAAAGACUCAACUCAAAUUCUGAAGUGGAACUUCGGUGGUAAUGAUAAACCGUGACAAAAACUAACUUUGAAAAGGAAAUAGCCACCGCCCUGUGAAAAUUAUGAAACAAAAUGGCUGACAAAUUUCUGAUCAGUGACGACAGCUGGGAAAUAGCCGAACGCCCGCACCAGCCUUUGUUUUCUCUUUCCCAGUCUAAUUCUCUGCAAGCAAUGGAAGGAAUCAGGCAGAAGUGUGCAUUUCAGGUCUGAACUGGUGGCAUACAGUUUGUAUAUAUCCUAUACAUGUAUUUAAAAGUGUUUAAAUGGCUUAAGCAAUUAAGUGGGUCUGAUCGCGGUGGGUAAAGUGGUGCAACUAGUGAAUGACAAUUGUCUUGCUAUGGAAAGUGGAAUGGUUCAGUAGCUCAGAUUCAGCCUGUUUCAUCUCUUCUCUAUCAACGUUAAUGGCAGACAGGGUGUGAAUAGUCUAAUAUGUGCUUAUAGAGCUUCUAAUGGUGUAUAUUUGUUGGUGUUUACUACAGUAUCUGUGGGUUUACAUGCACUCCAACCUCCUGUUUUUCAGGAUAGUCAUGUACUAUAUUCUUGAGUUGGUGCAGGGAAACAUUGCUUUCUGUUUUCAGAAAUUUGCUCUUAUCCAGGAUCACAAAACUCUGAAUAUGUCUGAAUAUACCAGUAUUCUGAGGCUAUUUUGUGUACAGCUUCCACCAUGUACCACUGCAAAGUUUCCUGAGCUCAGGCUACAGGGUAAACUGAGAAUAUUCACCUCAUUCCGAUAUCCAGAAACAUCUGAUACGUGUACAUCACGAUCUCCUGAGGUGAACUAUGUAGCGUAAACUGUUCGAACAUUUCUUGGAGGCAGAACUUCCCUAGAAAUAAUCUCAUUGGUUAAAUUAAACAUAAGUGGGUGGGGCCAAGGAGCCAAAAAUUCCCAACUAAUAAUAGAUUUUUAAGGUGGAUAUUGAUAUUAGACAGCUCUAAUAAUAAUGGCAUUUCUGUACCACAGUUCAGGUAAUAAGAACUAAUAACAUUGGUAAUGGCCAAAGAAAGCCCAUAAUAAUUCAGUUUUGUUGUAAGCAUCUCAACGAUAUCCUAACUGUGAAAUUACAAACAACUGAAUACUUAAUAUAUUUUUAACUUAACCAAUAGAUUAGCAGACUGAUAUGAAGGCAAAAAAGGCCAUAAUGAUUUAAUCAUAUAAGCAACUAAAAACGGAAAUGUAACAGCUACUGAAUCUCUCAUUCUCUGAAUUCUGAAUUUGUGAAACUUAAAACAAAUAAAAAUCACAAUAAUAUAAAUCAAGCUAAAUCAAGCAAUUGUACAACUUUAAAAUAUUUUAUGGAAAUACCAUCACAUACUACAUACCAUCAGACAGAUGGAUUUCAAAGUAAAGUAAUUCACUGCUGUGAAUUUAGUUGUGUUACAAUUUCAAUUCAAUUACAUAUUCAGAAGUAGUGAAAUGUCAAAACUAGCUUUUCAUAAAAUUCUGUGGCCUCUCUUUAAUUUAUCAGUCAGGCUCUACUAAGCUAUCUUGCCAUGAACAAAAGAAUAAGAAAGCCUUUGCCAGUCAGUUUUACUAAUAUUUUGAUUAGUAUUUGUCUUUUCUUGUUGGCCAGUGUAGCGUUUCUAAGCCAAUGCACCAGGAAUGUUUUGCCUCUGAGAAAUGUUUGUCCAACUAGAGCUUUCACAAGGAUAUCAGCUACAGUGUUAUUCAGAAAACAGUGUGCAUGUAAACACACUCUGCACAUCUUACAUUAGGAGAAGAGUAGAAGGUCCCAGUGCCAGUAUUAUAACUUUAGAAAAUGAACUUAAGUUAGUGAUACAUAUAUGCCUAUGACGUAGUCCAAAUAUAGGUUGAAUACAAACAUGUUGCUGUGGUCAUUGAAGGUCAGAUCAUUUUCAGGAAUCCAAAAGACAUUGCGGGUGCUUCAUGUUCAUACACACAUUAGUUUUUGGGGUUUUUUCCCAAAGAUUUUUCUUUGAUCAGGUAAAAUUUGGAUGAUUUGCAAGCAGUUUUAAAAUACACAGCAGAAAUGGUUAUCGAAGAACAGGUGAACCGCGGGCAGCUGGACUUGUUUGUAGAUGUUUGAACCUCUUGUCAAGAGACCUCUUCAGUUCUGAGAAUCUUCACAAACCCUACAAAUGUAAAAUUUGAAUUACUCAAUUACUCUUUUGCCAUUGCAAAAUUAUCUUAAGGUGCCAGUGGAAAUGGUAAUCACAAUUUGUCCACUCUGUGAUAGCAGUAGAGUCUGUAUGUUUAUACAGUUAUGUAUUUAACUAUUCUGAUUUGACUGUUAUCCAGUGACAUAUUUGAUGUUCCAAAUAUGAGGUUCAUAUUUGCAUGUGGAUGGCAGAGCGGUGCUCAGUGAAACAGUGUUCAACACAAGUAAGUUGUACAAAGUUUUGAACGGGCCAGUUGUGUAUUUUGCUGCUCUAGUGUUGUCAUUCACCAGGGUGAUUAUUCUGAGUUCAUGUGUUACGUGUUAAUCGAGACAAUACGGCUUGCUGGCGAGCUCUCAUUAGGUUGCGUUCAUUGAAAAUGUUAAAUUAGAAAACAAAAUAAAUUAAUAAAUUAUUUUCCCCCACUCUUGUAAGAUCCAGAGAAGCUAAGGACAGUGAAAACCAACUUCUCCCUCUCUGUGCUUUCAGUCAGCAUGGAGUUCAGGUUAGAGAUCAAAUUUCACAAAUACAUCAUCAUGUUAUGCAAUGCAUGUUAUUUUUUAUUUAUUUUAUUUUUUUACCAUGCUAAUGGCAUGAUUCUGUAGAUGGCAAUCAGUCAGUUGGUCUGUCAGUCCAUUGCCUUUGUCCAGACUGAAGUACACUCAUCAGAUGGACUGCUAUGAAAUUUUGUAUGGACAUUCAUGGUGCCCAGACAAUGAACCCUGAUAUUUUUGGUGAACCCCUGACUUUUCAUCUUGCACCUCUGUCAGGUUAACUAUUCUGUUAGAAUUAUUUGGUUGAUGUUGGCAUGCUAACAGCGUAAACUUUAAAAAACAAACCUGCCAACCAUCAGCACGUUAGCAUCGUCAUUGUGAGCAUAAUCGCAUGCUAACAUUAGCAUUUAGUUCAAUACACUGCUGUGUCUAAGUACAGUACAGAGCUGCUAGCAUGGCUGCAAACUAGUAAUCUGUUUAAAUUCCUUGCAACCACAAAGUAAUGUUCACAAAUGACAAAUAAUGACAAAUGUGGAUAUUGUAAUGUGUUAUUACAAUGAAAGUCAAAUAUUGCAUUUCCAAGCUUACAAAGUGAUAGGCAGAACCAUUGUUUGCUUUCUCUUUAUACGUUGAGGUAUUUGCUCUCCAGACCUGUUUUGCAUUGACCAAUCUGUCCCCCUUCCUUCAGCCUCAGCCUGGCAGUGCAGCCGGGCACUUCGCCCCCCACUCCAAGCUGAGGCGCCUGAAAUGAUACCUCUGACCCACAGGAAAUAGAUUGUAUGAGAUGUGUAUCCACAGAGAUGUUCAGUGACUUGGCGGAGUUGAACGGUUGGGAAAUCAUUUAGUCACAAACUGGAAUAUGAGAAAUUUUAACCAAAUGAUUUGUCAUUAGUCUGUUUAUACGUUUGUGCUUCAUUCUUCUCGUCUGCCCUGAUGUUAUUAUGUUUGUACUGGACAAGGGGGGGGACCAACUUCAGACUCACAGUAUAAGGUUUCCAUGUUUUCAUGCAACAUUGAGUCGGACAGAACAACUUCCAAGUAUUUGUUCAAAACCUGCAGUCUGUUUACACAGUCCUGUUGAAUGGGAACAAGGCUUCCUCAAGAGAGAAAGCAUUUUUAAAGGAAUGAAAAUCAGCCAUAAACAACUGACUUGAGUAUUUGUAUUGUUUUUAGUUUUAUCCCUUGUGUCAAACCAGUGUGAGCUGUAUAAUUGCUGUUUCGUCACCAAAUCAAGUCCUGGUCACUUUAGAUUUUAAAAUCUAAACACAGUUAGUGAUCACUUUGCCUUGUUAUGAUGACUUUUUCGUGUUCGUUAACAUGCUGCAUUUGCCUUUACAGAGCCUUCAGAUGUGUGCUAGCUGUAGCUGACUGUCACAGGUUUUACCAAUCACUUCUGCCCAUCAAUCAUACCUGCAUUA